AAAAUAUUUUCUAAAAUCUCCUUUAAAAGUUUACUGACCCAAUAUCGGCUCUCCGCCAUCGAGUUUCCGACUGACCAGAUAAUUAAAUAAGAUUGAAAAAUGUCUGCUUCAGUAAUUAAGAAAUUCUUCAUCGCAUCAAUGUUCAUGUGGAUAGCUCCUCUUGCAAUCUUGUACGGUUUUAAUCAUAAUUUACUUCCUGGUUCAUCAAAUUUAUCUCCCCAUGCUAUGACACUGGUAAGCGGGUUCGUUGCUGUUAUCUCGGUCAAUAUUGUUAUUGCAUUCUAUAUAUAUAUGGCAAUGAAGGAACCUGCGGAUAAGCAUGAGCCGGAUCCAAAGUUUCUUGCUGAUGCUAAAGCUAGCGUAAGCCAGCCAAUGGGGGGAGCUUCAACGUCUUCUGAAUCCGUUAAGAAACAAGAAUAGAAUAGCUGAAGCUAUAAGUAGUCACAAUGGAGAGAAUGGAACAAUGAGGUCUGUGUUCCAUACUUGUGUCUAAUGAUUAACGAAUUAAGUUCUUGUUUUUGUUGUAUAAUUAGACUCAUUGCUUUCAAUCUUUUCGAUAUAAUUAUCGAGUUUUGAUCCA